AUGUUCAGAGACUGCACUAAAUUGCUUUAUGUGAAUUUAUCAAGUAAGGCGACUACAAUCGAAUCCCAAGCUUUCAAAGGCUCUACUAUUAUUGUUUCAAUCGAAUUCCCUCCAACAUUGGAAACAAUUGAAGAAGGCGCUUUUGCAAAUUGUCCAAAACUUGUAAUUGAUGCAUCAAAGAAUGAAAAUAUUAAUUAUGCUGAUGAUAUGUUGUUCACAAAUAAAAAGAAAGCUCUUUCUAGUUACUUUGGAACUGAUCCAAACAAAGACUUAGUUGUUCCAGAAGGACUAACUGAGAUUGGUUUAGGCGCAUUCAGCGGGAAAAAGUUAAAAUCAAUUUCAUUUAAUGGAGCAACACUAACUAAUAUUAAUCUUCAAACUUUCCAGAGUAGUACUAUUGAAUCGAUUUCUUUGCCUCCAAGCUUAAGUUUCAUUGGCAGAGAGUGUUUUUUGAAUUGUGUCAAUUUAAAGACAGUAACUUUUGAUACGAAUUCACCACUCGCAGUUAUACCAAUGAAGUGCUUCGAGAAUUGUAAAUUGUUAGAAAACAUCAUCCUUCCUAGUUCAGUCACAACUAUUCAAGAGUAUGCAUUUUCAGGCUGUGUUAAUAUUGGUGACAUUGGUCUUUCAUCCACACAGAUCUCAACCAUCGACACUUAUGCAUUCAAAAACAGCGGAAUCACUAUCCUUGAUAAUACUCACAACGUCAUCAGCUUUGACUACGGAUCAUUCUACGGAAGCUCCAUUGAGAGUAUCACAUUCCGCACAGUCACUAUUCCAUCUAGCUGCUUCUUCGGGUGCUCAUUGCUCACUUCGAUCAACAUUGUCUCUGUCGACACCAUCGAAGACUCAUCAUUCGAGAACUGCGUUUCACUCACAACAUUUGUUAUUCCUAGCAGUCUUCGCAUUGUCAAGUCUUUUGCAUUCCGGAGUUGCCUCUCUCUUUCCUCAGUCACACUUUCCCUUGAUAGCAACAUCGAUCAGAUCUAUGGUGGUGCAUUCAUCAACUGCCCCAAUCUCCAGUCGAUCAAGCUUGAUUCUAAAGACAGCCGAUAUCGCUUCAGCAACGGUGCACUCACCAACUACGAAGAAACGAACCUUAUCACGUUCAUUCCUUCUAGCCUGAUCGACACAUACAUUGUCCCAGUUACUAUGACAUCCAUUGGGAACUAUGCGUUCAUGUCAUGUCCUAACCUUGUUCGUGUUCUUUUCAGCGGCAACAGCAUCCAGACUAUUGGUCGCGAAUCAUUCAAAGACUGUCCUAAGCUCUCAUUCCUAUAUGUCACUAGCAGCAGUCUCACCAGCAUUGGUGAAAGUGCUUUUGAUGGAUCUCCUCUUCUCUGUCGAUGCGGUUCAGUUCGCUGCGACAAGAACAAACGCGAUAUGUUCAUUUCUAAGGGCAUCCCUACUAUUUCAUUCAAAGUUGACUGUUCUUAUGCAGGUGGCUCAUGUGGUCACAAUCCAACUCUUAUAUCCAAUUUAUCACCAAUACUCAUUACUCCUUUAAUUGUAAUGUAA